CAGAAUGGCUGGACAGGGGACGCGAAGAACUUGUGGACAAUUUCUCAUAAUACUCGCAGUUUUAUUUCGUUAUACUGAUGCCAUCCGCAGGGAAGGUCUGUUCCGUGAACAGAUAUCAAAACUGAAAAGUUUCCAGAUUGUCACACCUCAGCUUGUGCGUGAUCGAAAGAGAAGGCAUGACGACGUUAAACAAGCUACCAAUCAGACACUCCACUCUGAAGGGCUAACCUACAUGAUUAAGAUAGCGGACACCAUUCACUACAUCAGCCUGACAAAAAACAAAGACUUUUUAUCACCCAGAUUCACGGUGGUUUCUCAUGGCACAAAUAAGAGCCCGAUGAAAAUUGACACAAAAAAACCCGCAUCGUGCCAUUACAACGGCCACGUGGAGGGUCGUGAGGACUCCCUGGUCGCUCUCAGUACCUGUAAUGGUCUCAGGGGUGUUAUUUUCCUUGGCAACGAAAGUUACGGACUUGAGCCUGCCGUGAAUUCUUCGACCAAUGAACACCUCCUAUUCCCAUUGAAGCACGUCCAAACAGAGCCGUUUGUGUGUGGACUGGCCAAUGACAUAUCUCACAGCAAUGACGGCUCUCACGAGGCUGGCUUGUCUAUGAUCAAAUUUUUACGGAGAAAACGAAACUUACCUCAGACCAGAUACGUGGAGCUGGUGUUGGUGGUGGACAACCAAAGGUUCAUAUUUAAGAAGAGAAACGUCACGGCAGUGAAGAAUGAGAUGGUGCAGCUGACUAACCUGGUGGACACGUACUAUCAGCAGCUGAACAUCCGCAUAAUCCUGGUGGGUUUGGAGAUUUUUGAGGCCCAGAACCCGUUCAGUGUAAGCGGCAGCGCAGGAGCCGUCCUCGGGAACUUCGUCGACUGGAGGAAGACGAACCUGGUGCCACGCAUCCAGAACGACAUGGCUCAGCUCAUUGUGGGGCAAGCAGGAGCAUACAGUGGUGGAAUUCUGGGCAUGGCCUUUGUGGGAUCUGUGUGCUCAGUGAGCACUGCCGGAGGAAUCAGUGUGUACAGUGACAACCAGCUGCAGUACUAUUCCACGGUGUUGGCUCACGAGAUGGGUCACAACCUGGGCAUGUACCACGACGACACACGCUGCCAGUGCGGGACCAACGGCUACUGCGUCAUGGACUCCACAGCCACUGGGUCGACUCUGUUCAGUGAGUGUAGUGGGAACGACUUUGCGACCCUGAUCUCACGUGGGGGCGGGGUAUGUCUGAAGAACCAGCCCCUGAACGGCAGCUUCAUCAGCGUGGCUGAGUGCGGCAAUGGCAUCUUGGACCCAGAGGAGCAAUGCGACUGUGGCCUACCGGGGAACUGCACAAACCCAUGCUGCGAUGCAGCAACGUGUACAUUCACCAGGGGCUCUACCUGUGCAGCUGGCAGCUGCUGCAAAAAUUGUCAGCUCUUGGUGUCUGGGACUCUGUGCAGAAGCUCUGUGAACGAGUGCGACCUGCCCGAGUUCUGUCUCGGUUCGUCUGGGUUCUGCCCACGGGACACCUACCUCAUGGAUGGGAUUCAGUGUGCGGCCAAUACGGCUUACUGCUACGAAGGCCGCUGCCAGACUUUGGACUACCAGUGCAAGCAGCUGUUCGGCUCCACGGCAACGAAAGCGGACAACCAGUGCUUCCGCUAUAUCAACAUGCAGGGCACCAUGUUUGGGAACUGUGGAUACUCCGGCUCCACACUGGUGCCAUGUUCUUCGGCUAACAUCAUGUGUGGGAAGAUCCAGUGCACGAACUUUGACUCCAACUACCCUCCAGCUGGAGCGGUCAUCAGUGUGCAGAACAUCGGUCAGAACAUCUCCUGCCGCAACGCCAACUUCAACCUGGGCCCGGACGUGAUGGACCCGACCUAUGUCCAAACGGGGACCGUCUGCGAUACUGGCAAAGUAUGCAUAAAGUUCCAGUGUGUGAAUUCGUCCGAGCUGACACAAACAGGGACUUGUAAUGCCGGAAGCGACUGCCAUGGUAAUGGGGUAUGUAAUAACUUGGGCCACUGCUUCUGCAACGAUGGCUGGGGUCCUCCAAACUGCAAUGUACCAGGAAGAGGAGGCAGCGUGGAUAGUGGACCUGCUGAAAUAGACUACUCGCUGAGGAACGGCCUGUUGAUCUUCUUCCUGCUGGUGGUACCCCUGCUGGCCGGGCUGGUCCUUCUUCUCCUCUUCGUGUUCAGGCGGGACAUGCUCCGCCGAUGUCUGAAUUGCCAUGGCGACAACACACAUGGGUCAAACAGUAUGCCUCAGAGAAGCAGCCAGCCGAGCAGCAAUGUGCAAAGUGCCUCAGCCCUGCCCGCAACAGUCAGGACUCCUCCCACUAGACCGCAGCCCCCACAAUUCACUGCUGCCCCUGGAGGCUAUGCAAGCUAUGGGAACUGGAGCGGUGAUGACACACAGAUUACAGUUUCUACUUCACCAACACCCAUUCAAGGACCUGGAGUCCCCAAGCCCAUUCCACCCAAACAGGUUGUUACCUGAGCAAAAUCAUGAAAGCAAAUUUGUGGCUUUGCACAAAAUCUGUGACGGCAGUUACCACUGAAGAAUUGCCCUGCAGUUCUAUGGUUUUACAUACUAUCAUUUUGAACACACUUUUUUUUUGCCACAUUCCACAUAAAUGAUUAGUGGUUUGGUUUUUAUGGCUGCAGAAUGUUAGCAACAAGUGUGUGUAAAAAAUAAAGAAAUAAAUUUCCAUGCCUAUCUGUAUGAAGGUGAUUUUGCACAUGUGGAUUGUUUUAUGAUGUUACACACUUAUGAUGUAACCAUAUGUAAUUAAACCAAUGAAUGUUUUUUCUUUUUUUACAAAAAUAGCAUUUGUACUGAAAUUGUAAUAUAUAAUCUCAUUCAAGAACAAAUGAUUUAUUUUUAAUAAAAGAAAAAUAUAUAUAAACAAUAAAGUCAUAUUUUA